GAAGCGAGACAAGUGACGUCACUGACCGGAGCCGGUCACGUGCCCGUAGUUCUAUUUCCUUCUUCCUGGUUGUUUCGCCUUCUGACAUCAACCGAUCGCCUCGAAAGGAAAAAAAAUGUCCCAUCAGACUGGAAUUCAAGCUUCUGGGGAGGUGAAAGACAUAUUUGCCAAAGCUAGGAAUGGAGAUUAUAGACUUCUGAAGAUUGUGAUCAAAGAUGAACAGCUAGCACUCGGUGACACCAAGCGGGCAUCCAAGAGUUGGGAGGAAGAUUAUAAUUCCUUCGUUUUCCCUCUUCUGGACAAGGAUCUUCCAUGCUACAUUUUAUACAGACUGGACUCUACUAAUAGUCAAGGACACGAGUGGGUCUUCAUCGCCUGGUCACCAGAUCACUCUCCUGUGAGACAUAAAAUGCUUUAUGCUGCUACCAGGGCUACAGUGAAGAAGGAGUUUGGGGGCGGGCAUAUUAAAGAUGAAAUUUUUGGCACUGUAAAGGAUGACAUUUCUCUGAACGGAUACAAGAAGUACCUCACGUCCCAGGCUGCACCUCUUCCACUUACUGCUGCUGAAGAAGAACUGCGACAGAUUAAGCUCAGCGAGGUGCAGACCGACAUCAGUGUGGACACCAAGCAGCAGACGCUGCAGGGCGUGGCGUUCCCUUUGCAUGGAGAAGCCAUGCAGGCGUUGCAGAAGUUCAAGGACAAGAAGCUCAACUACGUCCAGCUUAAAAUUGACUUCGACAAGGAGCUCAUCAUGCUGUCGAACACUGACCUGACAGAUCUGAAAGAUUUACCCAAGAGGAUUCCUAAAGACGCUGCGCGCUACCACUUCUUCCUUUACAAGCACACACAUGAGGGAGACUACCUGGAGUCUAUAGUAUUUAUUUACUCGAUGCCUGGCUACAGCUGCAGUAUUAAAGAGAGGAUGCUUUACUCCAGCUGUAAGAAUCCUCUCAUAGACAUGGUGGAGAACAAACUGCAGAUGGAAGUAGAGAAAAAGCUGGAAAUCGAUAACGGGGAGGAGUUGACGGCUGACUUCCUGUAUGAAGAGGUCCACCCCAAACAGCAUGCGCACAAACAGGCGUUCGCUAAACCCAAAGGUCCUGCUGGAAGGAGAGGCGAUCGCAGGAUCACUCGACAUCCCGGAGACGGCGAGGAAGCUGACGAUUAAAAACGCACAUUCCGUCUUUACCCUGUACUCCAGUGGAACAUUCCAAACAAUGGAGGCUUGUUUUACACAAAGCUAUCUACCUUUAAAAAAAAGAAAAAAACAACAAAAAAAAAACACAGCAUAGAUGUAUUUUGUCCCUUAAAUCAACACAAAGACAACAGCCUCAUAAUGAACUAUGCACGCAUUGGAACUGUGGUGGUUUGACCUCUGUAGCUAAAUCUUUUAAUUGGAUUGAAAAAGUGUUUAUUAAUGCCAGGACUCUUCCUCUUAGUGCAGUACUAUAGAACAUACACAUGACCCUGGCAUCACUGUAGUAAAUACCACAGAUUUACAUGUUUAGAAACACCAGCAUGAAUGUUGGUAUAGCAGAAAUCAUGAUAGGAAAAAGGCGCCAUUUUCCCCGGGCUGAUUUUGAACAUCAGACGUAUUUGCAUUGGUCAGCGAGCGCUUGUUACAUUAUCGGACGGCUACUACUUCAGCAUGAGCCUGCAAGCUCUGAAAUGUGAACGAAGAACAAAAGAUCUCCAUACGAAUCCACUUUCUUUCUUUUUAACAAAAGAUU